AUGGAAGAAAAGUUAAAUGAAAUGGAACAAGCUGGUAUCAUCACAAGGACAUCAACGCCUUACAGUAGUCCAUUGACAUUCACUCUUAAAAAAGACGGCUCAAUUAGAGUUCUGCUUGAUGCCAGAAGCAUAAAUAAGAAAAUGGUUGCAGAAACAGAGAAACCACCUAUACAAUUAGAUGUUUUGAAUUCAUUUCACGGAGCGAAUUAUAUCACUACCAUUGACUUAAAUACUGCAUAUUUUCAAAUUCCGAUAAAUAAAGAUGGUAGAAAAUAUACUGGAUUCACAUUCAAUGGAAAGUCAUAUGUAUAUAAUGUUUUGCCGCAAGGAUUAAAAACAUCAGUAGGAAGCUUUAGCAGAGCCAUGAAUUUAAUAUUAGGACCAGAAGUCCAAGAAUUUUGUGUGAACUAUUUAGAUGAUCUAGCCAUUAUUACAACAGGAACGUUAGAUAAACAUUUGGAGCACAUUGAUAUUGUUUUAAGUAAAUUGAACAAAGCUGGCUUAACGUGUAACUUGCAGAAAUGUGAAUUUAUUUGUAAAGAAAUUAAAAUGCUGGGUUUUAUAAUUUCAACAGAAGGCAUAAAGACAGAUCCCGAUAAGAUUCGAGCGAUCCAAGAGUUUCCAGCACCUAAAAAGAUUAAACAAUUAAGGGCUAUUUUAGGUCUAUGCAAUUUUUAUAGAAGGUUUAUACCAAAUUACAGCGAGAGCAUAAUACCGCUCUGUGAAUUACUUAAAAAGGGACGAAAGUUCCAAUGGAACGGUAAAGAACAGAAGGCAUUUGAUUUUAUAAAACAACAAUUUAUUAAUACAAUUGCAUCAUCCAGACUUUAA